GCAGGGGGCACGCGCUCAAAGUUUUGGGCUUGCGCGUCAGGCCGGAGAUGAGGAUGAUGCACCUUUCCAAGUCUUCAACUCAAGUCGCAGCAAUCACACUCGUCGAACACAACAACAAUCGCAACGGUCGCAAAUACAGGCAGGCGCAGAUGAGCACUCCAUCGGCGUAGCCAGGACCACACGGCAGCGACCUUCGACACGAACAACUUCCAGAUUCCAUAACGCUUCUCAGCAUCGUACAGCACCCUCAUACACGUCUCAGAAAUCAUUAGUGUCUUCUUACAACGGAACAUCGUAUUUUCCUUCAGGGUCUUCUGCAGCUGCGAUGUCGUACCGCGAUUACCCGCACGCGCAGCAUCGCCCACUGAUCGACCUCAUACCUGCGCACCACGAUGACGUCGAUGCUUCUGACGAAGAAGACGACUUCUACAGCAAAGAAGACGACCAACUCAUACACCCAAAGUGGCAGGCACUGAUCACGCAAACAUCGAACCGCGUUCCUCGCAAAUUACAGCGCUGUGUCGUCAUAGUUCUCGCAUUCGCAUUCCUGUUCCUUGUAAGCUGGAAAGCAUACUUUGGACCACGAUACGCCGCGCAGCUACAGGAAUUGAAGGAUAUGGAUGAGACACCAACAAUGAGCUACGGGAGCAAUGUGCGCCCAGAGUUCAAGAGCAUGAUUCAGGUCAGGGACAUGGACAGCCAACACAUACCUAAGAAGGGGCACAGGCUAGUCUUUGUCGGCGAUGUCCAUGGAUGCAGGGAGGAGUUGGAGCACUUGCUGAAGAAGGUUGACUUUAACAAGAAGCAUGACCAUCUCGUCUUGACCGGCGACAUGAUCGCAAAGGGCCCCGACUCGCCGGGCGUCAUCUCGCUGGCUGAGAAGCUCGGCGCGUCCUGUGUGCGCGGCAACUGGGAAGACAAACUCCUCCUCAGCAUCGCCGAGUCUGAGGCACGCCACCUCGACACACUCCCAGGUCCCGACGAGUCCCCCGACCGCAAGACAGACUUCCUCGACGAAGCAUCACACAGUCACGGCGACUACGCGCUUCGCAAACUCGCCAAGUCCUUUUCCAAGCACCAGAUUGCAUACCUUCAGGAAUGCCCUGUCAUUCUACGUAUAGGCAACGUUCCCAACCUCGGCGAAUUCGCAGUCGUCCACGCCGGCCUCGUUCCAAACAUACCUCUUGAGCAACAAGAUCCCUUCCACGUCAUGAACAUGCGCACCAUCGAUCUCAAGACACGCAUCCCCAGCUCGAAGCACGAUGGCACACCAUGGGAGAAGUUCUGGAAUCAUCAACAGAAGAGGAAAGAAGAGCACGAGCGCUUGAGUGUUGUAUAUGGGCAUAACAGGAAGAAGGGUUUGAACUUGCAGGAGUUCACGUUUGGACUGGACAGUGGGUGUGUUAGUGGGGGCAAGUUGACGGGGCUUGUGGUAGAUCACAAGGGAAAGACGGAGAUUGUGCAGGUCAAGUGUCAUCAGGAGAAUGGCUGGGACAAGGACUAGAUCUAUGAGAUUAGGUAGCAUUCGUGAGGCGUUUAGGUAGUGUUAAGCAUGGCAUUGUAGGCGUUCGGACAGCAUACCACACCAGUAGCGUUCGGGACAUCCCCGGACGAUAUACACAUGUAGAAUACACCAUUUCACAAAACACACACUAAUUUAUUCACCUGUC